UGCAGAAAGGAACUUUUGGAGCAGAAAACUCAAUUUACUCAACAACUGGAAGAUGCGCACAAAAAUGUGAAUCAACUGCAAACGAAAAUCAAUGAAAUGCAAAUGAAAAUUGAAACCUUAGAACAAGAAUUAUCCACCAAAACCUGGAAUGUUGAAAGAUUACAGGGAGAAUUAAAUGCAGCUCAACGGGAUGAUGAAUAUGUCCGCCAAAAGCUGAAAGUGCUGGAGGAUGAAAAAACAAAUUUACGCCAUCGUUUUCACGAAUGCGAAGAUGAGCUGAAAACGAAAUAUGAUGAACUCGAAACUCAGUAUAACGAAUUACAAGAAAAAUAUAAACAAACUCAAGCGUUGGCUAGUAAUUUGCAAACUCAAUUGGCUCAAGCCCAAACCGAUGCCCAGGAACAGCGCGAUGAAGUCGAAAGGAUACGCACAUCACUGGAGGAACAGGUUGCCCUGCUGAAGAGUGCUUUGGAAAAUUCGGAAAAUGAAAGGAAAAUAUGCGAGGAUAAAUGGCAGAGAGAAUUCGAAAUGUUACGGACACAAAAUAUGGAACGUGAAGAAUCCAUAAUGACCGAUUGUGAAUGGCAGCUGCGUGAAACACAAAAACAGUGCAAGGAACGAAUUGAUAAAGUUGAAGCCGCUCGCAAAGAAGCCGUGGAAAACGUCGAACUGCUCGAAAACGAAUUAGAAUCGUUAAGUAAAGAAGUCGAUGAUUUGAAAAUCUAUCAGAAACAAGUCACUUCGUUGCGUGGUGUCGUCAACGAACAGGCCAACUCCAUACAAUCGCUAAUGUCACAAAUCGAAUCUCUCAAACAAGAGUUGGAAACAGCCAACAGCAGUCUGCAGGAACAAAUUGAGGCGGUGACAAAAAUAAAAUACCAUUGUGAUAAUGCUAUCUAUGAUAAGGAACGUCAAAUGAUUUAUCGCAUCGAUGAAGUUCGCAACGAGGCUGCCGCAUUUUGGGAAGAUAAAUUGUACACAGAGAUGACAAGACUGAAAAAUGAACUUGAAUCGGUUUAUGUGGAUGAGCGUCGCGAUGCCUUGGAUAAAUUGCAAAUUGAACAUGUCGAAGAGUUGAAGGCUUUGACAAAUCGCUAUACAGCCAAUGAGGAGGAACUGCGGGCGGAAUUGGCCGAGGCUCAAGAGGCACUUGAACGUAAAUCGAGAGAAUUUUUGGAAUUGCGAGAGAAAUCAGAUCAUGCUUUGCUACAGACCCGCAUGCAUUUGGAUCGGGCGGAUCGUGACUAUCAAAAGGCCAUGUGCCAGGAGGAGGAAAGACGAGAAGCUUUGGAACAGAAGUUGCGCAAUGAAUUCGAAGAAGAAAAACAAGAAAUGGAAGAAAAAUUCCGUGAACGUUUGGGUCAAGUGAAGGACGAAUUUGCCAAGGAGUUGCAAAUAAAUACCCAGGAAUUGAAACGGGAACAUGAAAAGGAGCUGGAGAAACUGAAGGCGAAAUUGAUAGCCGAAAAGGAACAGGCACUGCAGGAAUUGGCCGAAAGACAUCGACAGAAAAUGUUCGAUGCUGAGGAAAAAAUUAAAGAAGUGGAGCUGCGCUACAAACGUGACUUGAAAGAUCUGAAGGCUGCCUACGAUGCCGAGAAGAUCGCCCUGGACAAACGGGAUAUUAGUAAUGCCAACGAAAUCGAACAGUUGCAUAGAAAAUGCCGCUGCCUCACGAAUCUCUUCGAAGAGAUGCGCAUGCGUUAUGAACGUCGUGACCCUCGUCCUGAAGACCUACGGGAAAUUGCCGAACUGCGUGAACGAUGUGAGUCGCAGGAACGUGAUAUGUAUUUGCUGACUGAUCGCCUGCGUGAAAUGCAAAUCCAAAUGAAUGAAUUGCAACAGAACAAUGCGAACGUCAACAACAACAAAAAGACAAAACAAAUUAAAAAGCCACCACCCAAGUCUAUACCCACAAAUUGCGAUGUCAUCUACGAAGAGAACGAGGAACGAGAUUCACCGCCACCACCAACGACACCCAAUUCAUAUGCGACAGACACCGUCAACGAGGAUGACGGGGAUACCAACCGCACAGAUGACAGCAAAAAACAACAGAUUGUCGACAUUUCGAAGACCAAGUCGAAAUUGAUCACCGACAACCAGCCGGAUGACAGCCACAUGAUUACCGCCAUGUAA